AUGGCGAUGGAUCUCGACGAUGAGCAUCAGAAUGCCAUUGAUGAUUCAUUGUUCCGAUGUCGCACUUUCCCACGAUACUUACCCAGACCCCGGCCAAACCAAACCCAAUACAUUCCAGCGACUCCCAGGGCUGUCAGGAACUACAUCCUGUCCGGCAGCACGCCAUCCGACUACGAAAGGUCAAGGACUUCCUCCUCGUCGGACGCAUCCAGCUUCUUUUUCACCAUCUCUUCAUCUUAUUUAUCCUCGACCACCAUGUUCUUGGCCCAAAACCUUCAGCAACAUUCCUACCGCUCCACCUUCCAUCGCAAAGAAGCCAUCGCCUUCCGUUGGACGUACCCUCUGUUAGAGAUGAGGAAUAAAGAAUUUUAUUCCUCUGUUCUUUUAUGUCUGUAUUUAUGUACUUAUCUUCUCGUAUACCAGCUGCGUUUCAGUAUUUUUGUCUAG